AUGAAGUCACUGCCUUUGUCACCUCCAGAGAUUAGUGACGAGAACGCUGCCAUUGGUGACGAGCGCUUUACGUCACAGGGGUCGCAACAGCCGCCGGGGUCUCCGCUGUCUCGCGAGGAGGGUGAAGCGCCCCCUCACGCUCCGACUCCUGAGGGCCCGCGGAGAAGUCGCCGGGUACGCCUUCGCGGAUCCUGCCGUCACCGGCCUGGCUUCCUGGGCGGUCGGGAGCCUGCCACCAGUGCCCCAGCCCGGCAUUCGCCGACCUUCUCCGAGGUAAUGGCAUCAGCAGCUAAGGAAUAUAAAGUGGACAACUUUUCACCUAAAGCUGGCACUAGCAAAUUUCAACAGACAGUACCAGCUGAUGCAUCUCCUGAUUCUAAGUGUCCUAUUUGCUUGGAUAGAUUUGAUAAUGUGUCUUACUUAGAUCGCUGUUUACAUAAGUUCUGUUUUCGCUGUGUACAAGAGUGGUCUAAAAACAAAGCUGAAUGUCCACUAUGUAAACAGCCCUUUGAUUCUAUUUUCCAUUCUGUGAGAGCAGAAGAUGACUUCAAAGAGUACGUCCUAAGGCCUUCAUGUAAUGGUUCUUUUGCCAACCCUGAUGGUCGACGAUUUCGCUAUCAUACAACUAUGACGAGAGAGCGAGAGCGAGAACGAGAACGAGAGCGAAGUGCUUCUUUUUAUUCACCCAGUAGAACCAUGAGUAGAAGAACAACAACUCCACCAGAUAGUGGAGUAUUAUUUGAAGGGUUAGGCAUUUCAACAAGACCCAGAGCUGGUGAAAUUUCUCAACUUCUGAGACAGAUUCCAAGGAGGCCAACUACUACAGAUGAAAGAUCUUUGCGAAAAAUUCAAGAACAAGAUAUUAUUAAUUUUAGGCGAACUCUCUAUCGAGCUGGUGCUCGUGUUAGAAAUAUUGAAGAUGGUGGUCGCUACAGGGAUAUUUCAGCUGAAUUUUUCCGUAGAAAUCCAGCUUGUCUUCACAGAUUAGUCCCCUGGUUAAAACGUGAACUUACAGUUCUUUUUGGAGCUCAUGGAUCUUUAGUGAAUAUAGUACAGCACAUCAUUAUGAGUAAUGUUACUCGCUAUGACUUGGAGAGUCAGGCAUUUGUGUCUGAUUUAAGGCCAUUUUUACUUAAUCGGACUGAGCAUUUUAUACAUGAAUUCAUCAGUUUUGCUAGGUCUCCUUUUAACAUGGCAGCUUUUGAUCAGCAUGCUAAUUAUGAUUGCCCUGCUCCUUCCUACGAAGAAGGUAGCCAUUCAGAUUCUUCUGUCAUAACUAUCUCCCCAGAUGAGGCAGAGACCAGAGAGAUGGAUGUUAAUGUGGCCACUGUCAGUCGGGCACCAUGGGAUGACGAGACACCAGGGCCAUCUUACUCAAGCUCAGAACAAGUACAUGCUGUCAUGUCUUCCCUUUUAAAUACUUCUGAUAGUUCAGAUGAAGAACUUGUAACAGAAAGAGCCACAUCUCAGAUACAGGGAGUACAAACCAAUGAGGACCUAAAUAACGACAGUGAUUCUUCUUCAGAUAAUUGUGUCAUUGUUGGGUUUGUUAAGCCACUAGCUGAGAGGACUCCAGAACUUGUUGAACUGUCCUCGGAUUCUGAGGAAUUAGGCUCUUACGAGAAAAUGGAGACUGUGAAGACGCAAGAACAAGAGCAAUCUUACAGUUCUGGUGAUAGUGAUGUUAGUAGAUGUUCAUCUCCACGCUCUGUCCUUGGAAAGGAUGAGCAAAUAAAUAAAGGUCAUUGUGAUUCCAGUACAAGAAUCAAGUCAAAGAAGGAAGAGAAACAAUGUACAUCAUUGUCCUCUCCCAGAGACCUGAGCUCAUCUGUCAGAGGAGACAGAGUAUAUUCCCCAUAUAACCAUAGACACAGAAGGAGAGGAAGAUCGAGAAGUUCAGAUUCACAUUCCCAGAGUAGAAGUGGGCAUGAUCAGAAGAAUCGUAGAAGGCAUCAUGGGAAGAAAAGAAUGAAAAGAAAACGAUCCAGAAGCAGGGAGAGUAGUAAACCUAGAAGCAGAAGAGACAAAAAAAGGUCAAGAACUAGAGAUAGUAGUUGGUCGAGAAAAAGCCAAACGCUUUCUCUAAGUAGUGAAAGCUCAAGCAGAUCAAGAUCUCGUAGCAGUGAUCAUAGUAAAAGAAGAUCACAGAGCAGAACUAGAGAUCAUUAUUAUUUAAAAAAUAAUUAUGGAAGCAGAUAUAAGUGGGAGUAUACUUACUAUAGUAGAAACAAGGAUAGAGAUGGCUAUGAAUCAUCUUAUAGGAGGAGAACUCUGUCUAGAGCUCAUUAUUCCAGACAAUCUUCAAGUCCAGAAUUUAGAAUUCAAUCCUUUUCUGAAAGAACAAAUGCUAGGAAAAAAAACAAUCACAGUGAAAGAAAAUAUUACUACUAUGAAAGGCACAGGUCAAGGAGCCUAUCUAGUAAUAGAUCAAAGACUGCAUCUGCAGGGCCUGACCGGGUGAGAAAUGAAAAGCCUGGAGGGAAACGAAAAUACAAAACACGACAUUUGGAAGGUACUAAUGAAGUGGCUCAACCAUCUCGUGAAUUUACUUCUAAAGUAAAGGAAGGUCAUUGCCAAAAAUCAUCAUCAAAAUUGGGUGGAAAUUAUAAAAACGAGAGUGAUAGUUUUUCAGAUAGCCGAUCAUCAGACAGAGACACAAAACACAAGAAGAGGAAAAGGAGAACCCGGAGCCUAAGUGUAGAGAUAAUUUAUGAAGGGAAAGCUACUGAUACAAAUAGACAUCAUAAAAAGAAAAAGAAGAAACAUAAGAAGAAGCAUAAGAAACACCAUGGAGAUAAUACUUCACAUUCCCCAGUUGUAAUUACCAUUGACAGUGAUAGUGAUAAGGAUUCUGAAGUGAAGGAGGAUACAGAAUGUGACAAUAGUGGUCCUCAAGACCCUCUACAAAGUGGAUUUUUGGCUCCUUUGGAAACAUUUGAAACUGAAGAUAUAGUUACAAUAGAAGAUGAAGUCAGUGUUCUGGACAAAGAGUGUGAUAUUACCACUCUUAACGACUUAAAUAAUGUCAACAGAACUGUAGGUAAUAUUCCACUCCAGCCAGCUUCACUUGAACAAACUUUCAAUGUAAGAGAAGAGAACACCUUUGCUGCUGAUUUGGAGAACCAGCCCAGAAAUGUCUCCAUUCAUCCUGAGUCAUCAAGGCAAUUGUCAUCUCCACGGACAUCAUUAAUGCCAGUAUGUCUUGGUGGAGACUAUGAUAUAUCUUAAAACUGCCAAAGCACCUCAUUGAGAAUUCUGAUGCUAUAAAAAGAAGAAAAAGGAAAAGUGUCAUCUAUUGCAAUCUAUAUAAAGAUGAGUUUUGGUGAAAACUUUUCCCCCUUAAAAAUAUUUUGUGAUUUUUUUUUUUAUGUGUUAAAAAUUUGUAAAAAUUAUUUGUUCAAAAAGUAUGUCGCACCCUCAAAUAUGCACUUUUAAGUGAAGAAAAUGUUAUUGCUAGCAGUUUAUUUAAAACUUGGAAUCCUUUUUAAAUAAAAAUAUAUAAUUUUAGAAGUUA